AGUAGAGAGACUACUUUAGAAUGACCAUGGGUGUAGUUUACCCAGGAAAAAAACCUGCGUGCGCUUCGCUUGUAUUAAAACCUUCUCGAUCCUUCGUUUCUUUUGACUGUCUAGAUAUAUCCGCCUCUCUCAUCUUCCGUUGUUUAUACGUUUGGUUGUUGUUGAAGAAGUGCUACUACCAUGGCUACAAAGAAGAGCGUUGGGGACUUGAAGGAAGCUGAUUUGAAGGGAAAGAAAGUGUUUGUUAGAGUCGAUCUGAACGUUCCAUUGGAUGAUAACUUCAACAUAACUGAUGACACAAGGAUCCGUGCCGCUGUUCCCACCAUCAAGUAUUUGAUGGGUCAUGGCUCUAAAGUCAUCCUCUCUAGUCAUUUGGGACGCCCAAAGGGUGUCACUCCCAAGUACAGUUUGAAGCCUCUUGUGCCAAGGUUAUCUGAACUCCUUGAAGUCGAGGUUAAAAUGGCGAAUGAUUGUAUUGGUGAAGAAGUUGAGAAAAUGGUGGCUGCAUUACCAGAUGGCGGUGUAUUGCUGCUUGAGAAUGUGAGGUUCUACAAGGAGGAAGAGAAGAAUGAUCCUGAAUUCGCAAAGAAGCUAGCUUCUCUCGCUGAUCUCUAUGUUAAUGAUGCAUUUGGCACUGCGCACAGAGCCCAUGCUUCCACAGAGGGAGUGGCUAAGUACUUAAAGCCUUCUGUUGCUGGUUUUCUUAUGCAGAAGGAACUCGAUUAUCUUGUUGGAGCUGUGGCAAAUCCCAAAAAGCCAUUUGCUGCAAUUGUCGGUGGUUCUAAGGUAUCAACCAAGAUUGGAGUGAUUGAAUCACUCUUGGCCAAGGUUGAUAUUCUCAUACUUGGUGGAGGAAUGAUGUUUACCUUCUACAAGGCCCAAGGAUAUGCAGUUGGAUCUUCACUUGUGGAAGAAGACAAACUUGAUCUAGCAACAUCACUCCUUGAGAAGGCCAAGGCAAAAGGAGUCUCUCUCUUGCUCCCCACUGAUGUGGUUGUUGCUGACAAGUUUGCUGCUGAUGCUAACAGCAAGGUGGUGCCAGCAUCAGGGAUCCCAGAUGGUUGGAUGGGCUUGGAUAUUGGACCUGACUCCAUCAAAACCUUUAGUGAGUCUUUGGACACUACCCAGACCAUUAUCUGGAAUGGACCAAUGGGUGUGUUUGAGUUUGAGAAGUUUGCUGCCGGCACUGAGGCGGUUGCCAAGAAGCUUGCGGAACUCAGUGGGAAGGGAGUGACAACAAUUAUUGGAGGAGGUGACUCUGUUGCAGCUGUGGAAAAAGCUGGGCUUGCUGACAAGAUGAGCCACAUCUCUACUGGUGGUGGUGCCAGCUUGGAGCUUCUUGAGGGCAAACAACUUCCUGGGGUCCUUGCUCUUAAUGACGCUUAAACUUUUAAUUUUGCACCUCUUUGCUUUUUCUGAACAUUGUUCACUGCUGUAAUGGUGGCUAGUAUUUUUAUCCAAGAGUGAAUUUUAGUAGAGCUGAGGUUGUAGAGGCUGACAGGGUGGACUUGUUAUAAAUAAAUUGGUUUCUCCUCAUCAUCCAUCAGAGAUGCAUUUGGAUUGGAUGUCUUUUUUGUUAUCCUGAUUGUUAAUGAUAAAAUUGCAGUAGUGCUUGUUCUAUUA